AGAGGGAGGUUGUCCACGCGAUAGAGAUUAUCCAUGGGUCUAGUAUUUUGAAGGGUAGGAUCUAUCGGAUGUCUCUAGCAGAGCUUGACGAGCUUCGUCGACAACUCAAGGAUCUCACAAAGAAGGGUUGGAUCUGGCCGAGUGUCUCCCCUUAUCGGUCUCCUGUCCUAUUUGUACCAAAGAAGGGGGGAAAGUUGAGGAUGUGCAUUGACUAUAGGGACCUCAAUGCCAUCACUGUGAAGAACGCAGAGCCCCUAUCGCGCAUCGAUGACUUGUUGGACCGAGUGCAAGGUUGCCGGUACUUCAGUAAGAUAGAUAUGAAGUCCGGGUACCAUCAGAUUGCAAUUCGGCCCGAGGAUCAACACAAAACCGCUUUUCAGACCAGGUACGGUCUGUACGAGUUUGUGGUGAUGCCUUUCGGCCUUUGCACUGCUCCUGGCACCUUUCAGCACGCGAUGAACCGGAUUUUUCAUGACUACCUAGAUAAGUUUGUCAUCGUGUACCUCGACGACAUACUUAUCUUCAGUAGGACUAUCGAGGAGCAUGUAGCUCAUCUAGACAAAGUUCUUAGUUUCCUUCGACAACACCAGUUCAAGAUUAACCGGGAAAAGUGCGAGUUUGGCCGCACCCGGGUCUUGUAUCUCUGUCAUGAGAUUUCCGCGGAAGGAUUGCGGCCCGAUGACGCGAAGGUGACCACCAUUCGUGACUGGCCGCGUCCUCAGUCUGUGACUGAGGUGAGGUCCUUCUUAGGGAUGACCGACUACUACCGCAAUUUCGUGAAGAAUUAUAGCAUAGUAACCGCACCCUCGUCGAAUCUCACACGCCUUGACACCCCCUGGGAGUGGACAGACAGGUGUGCGGCUGCUUUCAGAUAUUUGAAGCACUCUCUGACGCACCAUGAGGUCUUGAAACUUCCUAAUCCUGACAAAGCAUUCGUUGUGACCAUGGAUGCCAGCCAAUAUGGCAUUGGUGUCGUGCUUGCGCAGCAGGAGGGGGAAAAGUUGAGGCCGGUAGAGUACAUGUCCAAAAAGACGCCCUCUCAAAAGUUGGCUAAGUCCACCUAUGAGAAGGAACUCUAUGUGAUCUACAAAGCGUUGAACCAUUGGAGGAACUAUCUCCUUGGGAGAUUCUUUUACGUCAGGACUGAUCAUCAGACCCUGAGGUGGAUGAGGACACAACCUGUACUCUCCGAUGCUUUGAAACGCUGGAUUGAAGUCAUAGAACAAUAUGACUUCAAACCUCAGUACAUCAAAGGGGAGUACAACAAGGUUGCUGAUGCGCUUUCGCGUAGACCGAACUUUCUUGGUGCACUGAUCAUUGAGUUUGGGCUUGCAGACGAUGUUACUCGGUCCUUGGUAGAAGCCUAUCGUGAGGAUCCAUUUAUGGCAGAGGUGAUACGCAGACUCGAGGCGAAGGGCAAGGUAACUUCUGACGAGUUUGUGUUGGUCGAUGGCCUGCUGUUCCUCGAGAAGUCCGCGAAUAAACAUUUGUGUGUGCCGAACCGGGAGUCUUUGCGUAAUUUAUUUUUAGGCGAGGGUCACAUAGGACAUUUUGGAUAUAAGAACAUUGCAGCAAACUUGUUGCAGCAGUUCUGGUGGCCCACAAUGAUGAAAGACGCCAAGCUGUACGUGGAAACUUGUCAGAUGACCUCCGGGAAUCACCCAGAGGCAAACGGGCAAGCAGAGCAGCUGAUCCGCGCUGUACAACACCUGCUGAGGCACUAUAUCAAGCCUAAUGAGGUGGACUGGGAUGAGAAGCUUGCUCUUGUCGCCAGUUUGUACAACAACGUUGUGCACAACGCAACAGGGGUGAGCCCCAACAGUCUGCUACUGACUUUCAAGCCUCGACUGCCUCUAGGUUUCUUAUUACCUGAGAACCAGGCGCAGUCCACUGCUGCGCCUGGUACAUUGGAAUUUGCUUACCGUUAUGAAGGCCUUAUGCAGCAAGCAGUGGAUCAGAUGCACAAAGCACGGGCGGCUAUGAUAGAGUAUGAGAACAAGCAUCACCGCCCGUCUGCAUUUCAAGUUGGGGAUAGAGUCUGGGUGAAGUCAUCUGAACUUGGGCAAGAGCACGGAAUCUCGCGUAAGCUCAUGCCUCAGUAUUUCGGACCAUGGGAGGUCUUAGACGUGGUUGGAGACGAACGCGAUGGACCUUCCUAUGUGGUGCAAAUCCCUAGUCACCUUUGCACCCCUUGUCUUUCACGCCUCCAAACUUUCACCUUUCAAGGAAACUGACCAGUUUCCCUCUCGUCGGUCAAUGCUGCCCCCAACCAUGGAUGGUGAGGUUGACAUCGACGACAGAGUUGACCAUAGGGAAAUGUCGGUUCCAAGACCAACAGGGAGGGGCCGUCCUCCGAAGCCGAAGCUGCAGUAUCGUGUUUGGUUCAGACAUCACACUGAUCCAAAAGAGGACAGAUGGUUUACGAGGGAGGAACUGAUGCAGACCCCUCCGCAGGUUCUCGCUCACUAUCAGAAGUUGCUGCAGAAAGGAAAGCACCAGAUUC